GCCUCGCCGCCUGUGUUGGGGGAGAAGCCAGCGGGAACCCAGACCCCGAGGAGCCCCUAGUUCCCCACCCCACCCCAGCCCCGUCUGGCCUGGCCCUGCCCGGUCCCCCAGCGCUAUGGAGUUCCUCUGGGCUCCUCUCUUGGGUCUCUGCUGCAGUCUGGCCGCUGCUGACCGACACACCGUCUUCUGGAACAGUUCAAAUCCCAAGUUCCGGGAUGAGGAGUACACAGUGCACGUGAGGCUGAACGACUACCUGGACAUUGUCUGCCCGCACUAUGAGGAUGAGUCCGUGCCCGAUGCUGCCAUGGAGCAGUAUACCCUGUACCUGGUGGAACAUCAGGAGUACCAGAUUUGCCAGCCCCAGUCCAAGGACCAGGUCCGUUGGCAGUGCAACCACCCCAAUGCCAGGCAUGGUCCAGAGAAGCUGUCUGAGAAGUUCCAGCGCUUCACGCCUUUCACCCUGGGCAAAGAGUUCAAAGAAGGCCACAGCUACUACUACAUCUCCAAACCCAUCUACCAUCAAGAAAACCAGUGCUUGAAGUUGAGGGUGACUGUCGAUGGCAAAAUCACUCACAGUCCCCAGACUCAUGCAGAUCCACAAGAGAAGAGGCUCUCAGCAGAUGACCCUGAGGUGCGGGUUCUACACAGCGUCGGGCACAGUGCCGCGCCCCGCCUCUUCCCGCUGGCCUGGGCUGUGCUGCUCCUGCCCCUGCUGCUGCUGCAGACCCAGUGAGAAUGACUGCGCCCCUGAGCCUGACUCGAGGAUCCAGGAUCGAGGAUCGAGGAUCGGAGCUGGGCUGAGGGGUGGGGCGGGCACCCGUCGUGCGCCCUGUCCCGAGGCCCCCUCCCAGGGAACUCCUUCUCCGUGCACAAGCUGCCAGCCGCCACCCAGCAGCCUCAGAACGGGGGUCGUGACUAGGGGUUUUCCACCCAAAGGAGUUCCACCAGCCUGACCGUGCCCUUCCUGCCUCCACUUCAGAGGGAUGGAGAAAGAAGUGGGGAAGGUCCUUUCCCUGCCUUUUAAGCCAAAGAAACAAGCCCUGCAGCCCUGGCCCUUUGAGAUGGCCCAGCGGGAGCUAAGCUGGAAGAGCCUGAGGCCGUGCUAAUGGACAGCAGCGGACUUGGCAAAGACGCCCUUCCGAGGAGACAGCCAAGAUACCCAGAUGAACUGACCGAAGGAAAAGCUCGAGACGGCUUCCUGAGUGGGGGCCAGGUACGGGGGGUGGCCGUGCGCUUGCGCUGACCCGGCAUCUCCACCAGACUUCCAUCUGUGAAGCGGCCAAAGAGGUUUGUAGCACUGCAGCCUCCCUCUCCCAGGGCUGCACUUCCUGGAGCUGUGCCAGCAGGGGGCUGUGCCAACCUGAUCUUAAGAGUAUAGCUGUUAAGGGCAGUGCCCUGUGUGUACAGUCCGCCUAGAAUGUAGCUAAAGGGCAGGGCCCAUGUGUACAGUACCUGUAUAUAAACUUUGCCAUGUGUCUGCUGAUUUAUACAACUGGAGUUUUUGUUUUGUUUUGUUUUUUUUUAUACAGUGUUAUUUGUCUCUUAAUAAAGCAGUUUGUUUUUUGGA